AUGGCCAAGCUGGGAGUUGUCUGUCUGCUGGUGGCCAGCCUCUGUGUGGCUCUGGCCUCGGCUGGGCCACGCCCCCAGAGCCUGCAGGGUCGCCGGCAGGUUCAAAGGGGGCUGCAGCAGCACCCCUACAUAUUCCUGACGAUACCCCAAGGCCGAGCCAACGCUGGAGCCGUGGUUCAGGGCUUCGAGAUUGUUGAGGAGGUGGACGAGGCCGAUUUGGACCAGGAUGGUGAAGAUGAUGCCAAUGUUCAGAACGAUGAUAACGAUAUGGAGCAUGAUGAUGACAACGAGGACGAGGAAGAGGAGCUGGAGCACCAGCUGGGCCUUAACUUUGCCAGAAGCGGCCUGGUUCAGAGACGCACCAAGGCCGAGGUGGAGCAGGAGCUGGAGGAGGACGAUGCCGAGCAGGACGACGACCAGGAGCAGCUACUGCCCAAGAAGACCCAGAUGAUGGUGGCGCGAGACCAGGCCGGCGCCAUCAUGGUGCCCGAUGGCAUUAUCGAGAUCGAGGGCCAGAGCGUUCUCGACGAGAAGACGGGCAAGGCCGCCCUGCUGGUGCCCCGUGCCGCCCUCGAUGCCAUUCCCGACGGCGCCGUGGUGGCCCUGAUGGAGCGCUCCGCCAGCAGCAGCACCGGCCACUCCGAUUCCGAUGAGAUCGAGGAGGAGCGCGCCAAUCGCGUGGUGGUGCGACGCCGCAAGAAUAGUGGCCGCCGCAACAUCCGCCGAAGGGGCGUGAACGCCCGUCGUCGCCGCCGUCCCGUCCAGCGGCGUCGUCGUGGUGGCAACCGCGGUGGCAACCGUCGGCGCAACGUUCGCGUCAUCCGUCCCGGUGGCAGCGGCAAUCGGCGGCGAGGCGGCAACCAGAGGCGCCGUGGCCAAGUCGUCUACCAGGGCUAG